AUUGGAUCAGUGCUUCAAUCUGGCCGGUCGGAGAAGUGACUCCUCUGAUUCUAGUAGUUUGUUACUGCUACUACUGCGAUUUCACAGGGCUAAAAUACUCUUGUUGACGAUACCCUCUCUACCUUCUACUGUCGCGAUCUAUUCGCCGUCUAUGAUGCAUUUGUUCUCAGUAUAGGAUUCGCAACUCCCAGCCCUACUGUGACCUUCGUCCCCACUCCUAUCUCCUUCCCCUUCAGUCUUAAUCACAUCUUCUUCGCCUAAUCGCCUAAACAAUGGCCUCCAAAGGCGCGGUUCUGCCGUUGUUGAGGCGCGAGUUGCGACCCUCUUCCCUGCGCCUCCCCAAGGCUUCCGCCUCGUUGUCGUCACUCGCAACCUCUGCACGGCCCUCAAACCGCUCCUCGCCAGCCUCCUACCGUAAAGCCAUUCGACCACGGUCGCUGUUCACUCCCAUUCAGACACGCGCAUUUUCACAAUCGGUAACGCGAAGAUUGACCGAUGCCGAUGGCAAUUUCGAUCCCCGUCAGCUGGACAGAGAAUCGGAUGAGGUGGAUGUUUGUAUUGUCGGUGGCGGUCCCGCUGGUCUCGCUGCAGCUAUUCGAUUGAAACAAUUAGCCAAUGAAGCCGGCAACGAGGAGUUCCGCGUCAUUCUGUUGGAAAAGGCCGGCGAACUUGGCGCCCACGUCCUGUCCGGCAACGUACUCGAGCCAACGGCGUUGAACGAACUCCUGCCCGACUGGCUUGCGGAGGACAACCCAUCCCGCUUCGAGGGGGCGACCCCUGCGAAGGCGGAUAAGAUGCGCUUCCUGACUCAGAACUCGUCCUUCCCGAUCCCCGCGCCACCACAGAUGAACAACCACGGCAACUACAUUAUUAGUUUGAACGAGCUCACCAAGUGGCUAGGAGAGCGGGCGGAAGAACUUGGUGUCGAGAUUUAUCCUGGAUUCGCAGCCAGUGAGGUGGUUUACAAGUCGGAUGGCUCCGUUCUUGGUGUCGCAACCAACGAUCUUGGCAUCGGUCGCGACGGCAAAGCGAAGGAUAGUUUUGAGCGGGGUAUGGAGUUCCAUGCGCGGGUCACCUUGCUGGCCGAGGGCUGUCAUGGAAGCUUGACCAAGCAAGUGGCUAAGAAGUUCGACCUUCGUCGCGAUAGCCAACCGCAGACCUAUGGUAUUGGUCUUAAGGAGAUUUGGGAGAUCCAGCCCGAGAAGUUCAAGUCAGGUGAAAUCACGCAUUCCAUGGGAUAUCCUCUUCCGUCGGAUACCUACGGUGGAGCCUGGAUGUACCACUUCGGCGACAACAUGGUCAGCAUUGGCUUGGUCGUGGGCCUGGAUUACCCGAAUCCCUGGUUGUCGCCCUACGGUGAGUUCCAGAAACUCAAGCACCACCCUCUCUUUAAGGAAGUCUUGGAGGGUGGCAAGUGCAUCUCGUAUGGUGCGAGAGCCCUUAACGAGGGUGGCUUCCAGUCCAUCCCGAAGUGCGCUUUCCCCGGUGGCGCCUUGAUUGGCGACAGCGCCGGAUUCCUGAACGUUCCCAAGAUCAAGGGAACCCAUACCGCGAUGAAGUCUGCCAUGUUGGCUGCCGAAUCCACCUUUGCAGCUCUGCAGGGUAACCCUGACGGCAGUGUAUUCCUCUUCGACUAUGAGGAGGCUUUGCGCAAAUCGUCGAUCUGGAAGGAGCUGUACGAGGUUCGCAACAUGCGGCCCUCUUUCAGCACGCCCCUUGGUCUCUAUGGUGGAAUCCUGUACUCUGGCCUCGAGGCGUACAUUCUCAAGGGACGGACUCCCUGGACGCUCAAACACCACACCACCGACGCCGCGGCCACGAAGCUGGCCUCCCAGUGCAACAAGAUUGAGUACCCCAAGCCGGACGGCGUGAUCAGCUUCGAUAUUCUCACCAGCGUCAGCCGGACCGGAACCAACCACGAGGAGGACCAGCCCGUCCACUUGCAAGUGGAGGACUGGGACAAGCAUACGGAUGUUGCCUGGCCCAAGUACCAGGGUGUCGAGAACCGGUUCUGCCCGGCCGGUGUAUAUGAGUAUGUGGAGGACUCCAGCAAGCAGCAUGGUGUUCGCUUCCAGAUCAAUGCUCAGAACUGCAUCCAUUGCAAGACUUGCGAUAUCAAGGUACCCACUCAGGAUAUCAACUGGCAGACACCUCAGGGUGGCGAGGGACCGAAGUAUUUUAUGACCUGAUUAGGCAUAUCCAAUGUAUUGUAGCAAAAGCAGCGGGAUUGAUCAUAUGAUAUGGAACCAUGUACAUACGGCUUUCGGCGUCAAGACUCGGUGAAUUUGCC